AUGGAACUCAAACGCAAAGCCGACAGCGUCAGCACUUCCUCCGACUCCUCAUCCUCAUCCCUCACCAACUCUCCGCAACCCUCCCUUCCAGUACUUCCACAGCUACAACUCCCAUAUUCCAGUUCCAGUUCCGAUUCCGGUUCCGGUUCCGGUUCCGGUUCAACAGGACUAGACAGCACCGCCUCGCCUCCCAAGAAGAUCAAGAUAGUAAUUAUUAAGCAGCAGCCGAAGCCGAAGCCGAGAAUGGAAAUGGAGGUGGAUGAAUCGCCCAUUUGUGGACAAGGUCCUCAACCUAUUUUUUCGCAAGUGGAAUGGGUGCCGGUGGAGUCAGGAACUACCAUCGGGGCUGCUGUGGGAUGUGGUGGCGGUGGCAGGUCGGGCUUGGCCAUGGAGGAGGUUUCACCUAGGAGUAUGACUUUUUGUCGGGGGUAG